CCAGGCUCCGCGCGUGCGCAGUGCGGUGGCCCUCCUCAGGGCGCCGAGUCGGAGCGAGGCGGGCGGCGGGUCUCUCGGAGGGUCUCUGGGCCGGACGGGCAGCGCGAUGGGCCCGUAGCCGAGCGGGAAGGACGCCGUCGCCAUGGCCGACCCGGCCCCCGCCCGCAGCCUGGACGACAUCGACCUCUCCGCCCUCCGGGAUCCGGCCGGUAUAUUUGAGCUGGUGGAAGUGGUUGGCAAUGGCACCUAUGGGCAGGUCUACAAGGGCCGCCAUGUCAAGACCGGGCAGUUGGCUGCCAUCAAAGUCAUGGACGUCACUGAGGACGAAGAGGAGGAGAUCAAGCAGGAGAUCAACAUGCUCAAGAAAUACUCCCACCACCGCAACAUCGCCACCUACUACGGGGCCUUCGUUAAGAAGAGCCCCCCCGGGAACGACGACCAGCUCUGGCUGGUGAUGGAGUUUUGCGGGGCCGGCUCCGUGACGGACCUGGUGAAGAACACCAAGGGGAACGCCCUGAAGGAAGACUGCAUCGCCUACAUCUGCCGGGAGAUCCUGCGGGGACUGGCUCACCUCCACGCGCACAAGGUCAUCCACCGGGACAUCAAGGGGCAGAACGUGCUGCUGACGGAGAACGCGGAAGUGAAGCUGGUUGACUUUGGGGUGAGUGCCCAGCUGGACCGCACGGUGGGGCGUCGGAACACGUUCAUCGGAACCCCUUACUGGAUGGCACCAGAAGUGAUCGCCUGCGAUGAAAACCCUGAUGCCACCUACGACUACAGGAGUGACAUCUGGUCCCUGGGGAUCACGGCCAUUGAGAUGGCCGAAGGAGCUCCUCCCCUGUGUGACAUGCACCCCAUGCGCGCUCUCUUCCUCAUCCCGCGCAAUCCUCCACCCAAGCUGAAGUCCAAGAAAUGGUCCAAGAAGUUCAUCGACUUCAUUGACAACUGCCUGAUCAAAGCCUACCCCAACCGCCCCCCCACUGAGCAGCUGCUCAAGUUCCCCUUCAUCCGCGACCAGCCCACUGAGCGGCAGGUCCGCAUCCAGCUCAAGGACCACAUCGACCGCACCCGCAAGAAGAGAGGGGAGAAGGACGAGACGGAGUACGAGUACAGCGGCAGUGAGGAAGAGGACGAUGGGCGCGGUGAGGAAGGAGAGCCGAGCUCCAUCAUGAAUGUCCCCGGGGAGUCCACCCUGCGGAGGGAGUUCCUCCGCCUGCAGCAGGAGAACAAGAGCAACUCGGAGGCUCUGAAGCUGCAGCAGCAACUGGCCGCCCAGCACCGCGACUCCGAGGCCCAUAUCAAACACCUGCUGCACCAGCGCCAGCGCCGCAUCGAGGAGCAGAAGGAAGAGCGCCGGCGAGUGGAAGAGCAGCAGCGCCGAGAGCGAGAGCAGCGGAAGCUUCAGGGCAAGGAGCACCAGCGGCGCCUGGAGGACCUGCAAGUGAUGCGCCGAGAGGAGGAGCGGCGGCAGGCGGAGCGGGAGCAGGAGUACAUCAGGCACAAGCUGGAGGAGGAGCAGAGGCAGCUGGAGAUCCUGCAGCAGCAGCUCCUGCAGGAACAGGCCCUGCUGCUGUCCCGGCAGAGCCUCCCCUGGUCGUCCCUGCAGGAGUACAAGCGGAAGCAGCUGGAGGAGCAGCGUCAGUCGGAGCGGCUCCAGAGGCAGCUCCAGCAGGAGCACGCCUACCUCAAGUCCCUCCAGCAGCAGCAGCAGCAGCCGAAGCCCCUCUACCACCACAGCCGCAGCAGCGCGGCCGCCCCCGAGAAGCCCCCCUGGGCCCGGGAGGUGGAGGAGCGGCUGAGCAAGGAGAGCUCCCCUUCGCUGGCAGCCAAGACCAAGCUGGGGGCCCCCGGGCAAGACGUCGGCCCCCAGCCCUGUGCCGAGUCGGGGGCCCUCGCCUCGUCCUCCCAGACGCCCCCCAUGCAGCGCCCUGUCGAGCCCCAGGAGGGGCAGCACAAGAGCCACCUGGCCCACCGCGUCCCGCUCAAACCAUACGCUGCCCACGUCCCUCGCUCCCAGUCGCUGCAAGGACCAGCCAGCAAGAACAUGGCUGCCUUCCCUGUCCAUGACUCCGCCUCCUCCGCCCCGCACCCUCCUCGCGGGGGCAUGAUCCGGCAGAACUCUGACCCCACCUCUGAGGGGCCUGCCCCACAGCCGUCCCGGCCCAACACUGAUCAGCGAGGACCUUGGGUCAAACUGGACCCCAGUGCCCCUCCCAGGUAAUCCGUGCCCCAGCGGACGUCCUCCAUAGCAACUGCCCUCAACACCAGCGGAAGGGGGGGGGUCCGGCUGAGCACAGCGUCUCCCUCUUUCCCGCCAGCAACCCCCGACCUCCGGCGGAGCGACCCCGGCUGGGAGCGGGAUAACCUGCUGCAGUCGGGGGCUGCCAACCUGCCCCAGGCCGGCUCCCUGGAGCGCAACCGUGUGGCAGCUACCCUGAAGAUGGAGGCCUCCCCCGUCCUGUCCCAAGGCAGGAAGGCCAAGGCGGACGACCAUCGCUCGCGGCCGGGGCGGCCAGCAAAUUUCGUCAUGCUGAAGGAGCGCCCGGAGGAGGCGGCCCCCAAGCCGCUCAAGAAGGCCCUGGACUACUCCUCCAGCGAAGAGGCGGACUCCAGCGAGGAAGAGGAGGAGGAGGAGGAAGAGGAGGAGGCAGGCGAGGGGGAGCGCUCGGAGCCUGGCGCAAGCACCCCUGGGGCCAGGGAUGGCGACACGGACUCGGUCAGCACCAUGGUGGUGCACGACGUGGAGGACUUGACGGGCGGCAGCGGGGGCUCCGAGAGCUCCUACGGCGGAGGCACCAUGCUGGUGCAGCGGACCCCCGAGGAGGAACGUGGCCUCCUGCACAGUGACAGCAACGGCUACACCAACCUGCCUGACGUGGUCCAGCCCAGCCACUCGCCCACGGAAGCCAAAAGCAGCAACGGCUCCUCCUCGCCCGCCAAGGACGUGGCCACCGACUACCAGUCGCGGGGGCUCGUCAAGGCGCCUGGCAAGAGCUCCUUCACCAUGUUUGUGGAUCUGGGCAUCUAUCAAAGCUCCCCUGGGGGAGGAGACACCAUCCCCAUCACUGCAUUCGACCCUGGGCGGCUGGAGCAGUUGCAGCUGGAGGCCCGGAAGGGCUCUGUGGUCAACGUCAACCCCACCAACACACGGCCCCACAGCGACACGCCGGAGAUCCGCAAGUACAAAAAGCGCUUCAACUCGGAGAUCCUCUGUGCGGCCCUUUGGGGGGUCAACUUGCUGGUGGGCACCGAGAACGUGAUGAUGCUGGACCGCAGCGGGCAGGGCAAGGUGUACAGCCUCAUCAACCGCCGGCGCUUCCAGCAGAUGGACGUCCUGGAGGGCCUCAACCUCCUGACCACCAUCUCAGGAAAGAGGAACAAGCUGCGUUAUUACCUCUCCUGGCUGCGCAACAAGAUUUUGCACAAUGACCCCGAAGUGGAGAAGAAGCAGGGCUGGACCACCGUGGGGGACAUGGAGGGCUGCAUCCACUACCGCGUGGUGAAGUACGAGCGGAUCAAGUUCCUGGUCAUUGCACUGAAGAGCUCGGUGGAGGUCUACGCCUGGGCCCCCAAGCCCUACCACAAGUUCAUGGCCUUCAAGUCCUUUGCCGACCUGCCGCAUCGGCCGCUGCUGGUGGAGCUGACGGUGGAGGAGGGCCAGCGGCUGAAGGUCAUCUACGGCUCCUGUGCCGGCUUCCACGCCAUCGACGUGGACUCCGGGAACAACUACGACAUCUACAUCCCGGUCCACAUCCAGUGCCAGAUCACCCCCCACGCCAUCGUCUUCCUGCCCAACACGGAGGGGAUGGAGAUGCUGCUGUGCUACGAGGACGAGGGCGUCUACGUCACCUUCGGACGCAUCAUCAAGGACGUGGUCCUGCAAUGGGGGGAGAUGCCCACCUCUGUCGCGUACAUCUGCUCCAACCAGAUCAUGGGCUGGGGCGAGAAGGCCAUUGAGAUCCGCUCGGUGGAGACCGGCCACCUGGACGGCGUCUUCAUGCACAAGAGGGCCCAGCGGCUGAAGUUCCUCUGCGAGCGGAACGACAAGGUGUUCUUUGCCUCCGUGCGCUCGGGGGGUAGCAGCCAAGUCUACUUCAUGACCCUCAACCGCAACUGCAUCAUGAACUGGUGAAGCCGCCCGUCCAGCUCCGGCCGGAGGGACCCCCCUCCCCCCCCCGGCUCCAGAGGCCAAGAGGAGAGUCUCCUUCAGGGGAGGGGGAGGCUUCUGGGAGCCUCCGGGGCAAAGCAGAGCCUCUCAGAAGGGGCUACAGAGACCCCCACCCAACCCACAAUGCCUCUUUCAACCACCAGGCCGGUUUCCUCCUCUGCCCCCCCUUCCCCUCCUCCCCCAAGGGCCCCCACACAUUCCGUUGCAGCCGCGUGUGGGGAAGGCCGGCGGGUGGGGGAGGGCUCUCAGUCGGAGCCCCUCCCCUCUGACCCCAGGACUUCCCCCCCCCCACACACACAGAACUGGAGGAAGAACUGCCCUCAUCCCAACUGCAGGGAGGGGGGUGAAUGAUGAAACAAGACCCCCCCCCCUUACACUCUCACACACACA